CUCACUUGGUACAAAACUUGGAGAGAGAAAGAUAUUGAGAGAUUGAACUCUCUCUGUUUAUCAGAGAGAGAAAAUCUGUUUAGAGAGAGAAAGAGGAGAUUGACGAAAGAGAGAACUGUUUUUCUGGAGAGAGAGAGUUGUUCGUUGUAUAUCAGAAUCAAAAUGGCUGGUUAUAUUGGAAUCUUGGUAUCAGAUCCAUGGCUUCAAAAUCAGUUCACACAGGUCGAGCUUCGGAGUUUGAAGUCUCAGUACAUGACAAUGAGAAGAGAGAAGGGUUGUCUCACACUCGGCGACUUGCCGGAGAAGAUGUCGAGACUGAAACACGUCGGUGAGAAUCUUACGGAGGAAGAGAGGGCUUCUUUUCUUCAAGAUUCGUAUAAGAACUUGGACGAGGAUGUUGAUUUCGAACUUUUUCUUCGGGUUUAUUUGAAACUCCAAGCCCAUUCAACUGCGAGAACGGGAACUGGUGCAAAGAAUUCAUCCGCAUUUCUUAAGUCUCCUACUUCUACUCUGCUUCACACAAUUAGUGAAUCUGAGAAAGCUUCAUAUGUUUCGCAUAUCAACAACUACCUUGCAGAAGAUAGCUUCUUAAAGAGACAUCUUCCCAUAGAUCCUUCAACUAAUGAUCUCUUUGAGAUUGCAAAAGAUGGAGUUCUUCUCUGUAAGCUUAUCAACGUGGCAGUUCCUGGGACAAUUGACGAACGGGCAAUCAAUACUAAGAGUGUACUCAAUCCUUGGGAAAGAAAUGAAAACCAUACCUUAUGUCUCAACUCUGCCAAGGCUAUUGGCUGUACAGUGGUCAAUAUAGGCACCCAAGACUUCAUUGAAGGAAGGCGUCAUCUCAUGCUUGGGGUGAUUUCUCAAAUCAUUAAGAUACAACUAUUGGCGGACCUCAAUUUAAAGAAAACACCUCAGUUGGUGGAGUUGGUUGAUGAUAGUAAGGAUGUGGAGGAGUUGAUGAGUCUACCACCAGAGAAGAUCUUGCUUCGGUGGAUGAAUUUUCAGCUGAAAAAAGCAGGAUUCAAGAAAACCGUCUCAAACUUUUCUUCUGAUGUAAAGGAUGGAGAAGCUUAUGCUCACCUCUUAAAUGUUCUUGCACCUGAGCACAGUAAUCCAUCUACAUUGGCUGUAAAAGAUCCUUUAGAAAGAGCGAGGUUAAUUCUUGAACAUGCAGAUAGGAUGGGUUGCAAGAGAUACCUAACUGCAAAAGAUAUUGUUGAAGGUUCUCCAAAUCUUAACCUUGCUUUUGUGGCACAUAUCUUCCAGCAUAGGAAUGGCCUCUCAACCCAGACGAAACAGAUAUCUUUUCUAGAAACUUUACCAGAUGACACCCAAAUUUCUAGAGAAGAGAUGUCAUUUCGCUUUUGGAUAAAUAGUCUUGGAAAUUCAACAUACAUCGACAAUGUCUUUGAAGACCUUAGAAAUGGGUGGAUACUUUUACAGACCCUUGAUAAGUUGUCUCCAGGAAUUGUUAAUUGGAAGAUUGCAAGUAAGCCUCCAAUUAAAAUGCCAUUCAGAAAAGUAGAAAACUGCAACCAAGUUGUCAAGAUUGGGAAACAAUUGAAGUUUUCCCUGGUUAACAUUGCUGGGAAUGACAUUGUUCAGGGAAAUAAGAAACUAAUAUUGGCUUACUUGUGGCAAUUGAUGCGAUACAACGUUCUGCAGCUUCUAAAGAACUUGAGAUUUCAUUCUCAUGGGAAGGAAAUCACUGAUGCUGACAUUUUAGAGUGGGCUAACACCAAAGUAAGGAGUUCGGGAGGCCAGACCCACAUGAAUAGUUUUAAGGACAAGCGCUUGUCAGAUGGCAUAUUUUUCCUUGAGCUGCUUAGUGCUGUGCAGCCUAGAGUUGUCAAUUGGAGUCUUGUAACAAAAGGAGAAAAUGAGGAGCAAAAAAAAAUGAAUGCCACUUACAUCAUCAGCAUUGCGAGGAAACUUGGAUGUUCAAUAUUUUUGCUUCCUGAAGACAUAACUGAGGUGAAUCAGAAGAUGAUCCUUACACUGACGGCAAGUCUUAUGUAUUGGUUCCUGAAACAACCUGGUGAAGAUAGAUCUUGUGGGACUUCAGAUAGUGAGAGUGGAAGUCAAUCCGAGACAACUUCAAACUCAACAAUAGAUGACACUUCCUCUGAGUCAUCAACAGACGAUAAUGGGAGUAGAUAAAUGUGUGAUGCUAAAACUUAUGCUAAAGUUAUAUAUAUGAAUUCUUUGAUUUUGAUUUUGAUUUAAAGAAAAAAAAAAUGUUCAUGUAAAAUGGUGUAUGAAAUUGAUACAAAGUGGAGUGUCAUGAAUGCAAAUUUUGCUGAAGCAAAUGCACAAGUAAAUAGGUUUGUAAUCGUGUUUUGUACCAAAAACUGAUGGAGUAAAAUCUAAAAUUCUGUUCUUUUGCUAGGUUA